AAAGGAUUUCUUAGUUCUUGGCUUAUAUUUACCAUUUUGCUUUUCAUGCCCUCCCCAAAAAUUCUAAAAUUGAGAUUUUGUUUAUGUAAUCUUUUUGCCAGAACUUGGCAGCUGUGAUCAUGGCUGGCUCGAUUUAACUCAUGAUUUCUUCUAAAAUUAUCAAACAUGGUUACUCAGGAAUCUCAGCAAACGAAACGCAUCUUUUGGUGCUUUUUGUAGACAGCACUGCUUAUCAGAAGUCCUUACUCUGCUAUAGAACAACAUACAUUUCACAAAGGCUACAUUUCUUGGUCUCUUUACCAUGCACUGCCACCAAUGAUCUACUACUUCCCUCUUCAGACGCUGGCACUCACAGGCAUAGAAGUUUUUGCUGUUGCCUUCUUUUCCCCAAUAUUCUUGACAAUUGGCCCUUUUUGGAGGUUGGCUAACAAUGAGUAUGUCCUAGCCUUUCUGAGACUGACUAUGGUUGGAAGCUUAGCAUCAUACCAUGCACCAAAUGCUUCAAUUAGACUGCUCAUCUUGGCUGCUGGUGUUUCUUCUUCAUUGCUGGUUCAAACAGUAACAUGGUGGUCAGGAAGCAGUUUACAAAGGUUCAUCAGGAUAUGGGGCUUCAUGCUAGGCAAGAUAAUGCUCCUUGUUCUUCGUAUCUGGUACACAUCCCUUAAUCCAGCCUGGAGCUCACAAGUUGCCAAUACUGUCAUAUUGACAAUUGGUUUCAUAGCAGCAGUGGAGCAAAUCCAUUCAGGUAGAGACAAGAGGAAACAAGAAACAAACAAAACUGGUAAUGUGAUUAGAGAGACUGCUUCCCAUCCUCAUUGGUUUUUAUCAGGGAUUGCUUUUGGCAGCCUCAUGUUCCUCACUCUGUGGAUAUUUGGGGAGGUUUCCCUAAUUUCCAGAUGGGCAGUAAGUGGACAUCCACAUACAGGUCCAGAUCCUAAUCCAUAUGGAGGUACAGUUCUGUUGGGCCUUGCUCAUGGACUGAUGCUUUCAUUUUGGAGCUGGUCUUCUAUCAUCAGUUUUGCCUUGUUUCUUAUAGGUUUGGCAUCUUCAGCUGGUCUGCUUUACUUACACACCUGGAGUGCUGCUGUUGCAGGCAACAUUCUUGGGGUCUUUACUAUGUGUGUGUGGCCUCAGCUAGCGGGAUGCUUUGUUAGCUGUCCCCAUCCUGGGAAAGCCAUGAGCACAGCCAUGUUUGCCUACGUUCUUGAAUUGUUCUUCUGUGUGUGGUGUACAGCUUAUAAAUUUGUACCCGGAGGAGUUUACAUUAGAGAAAGCUCCCAUCUUCUUCUAGGUUUUAUAAUGUUAUGUAUUGGGAUAGAAUUUCUAACAGGACCCAAGAAAGACCUUAGCUCUGUCUUUGAAGUGAAAAGCAACCAAAAACCAUUCUUCAAAAGGAGUAAAAACUAUAUUAAAGUAUUAUUGUGGCUGCUUGUUGGUGUUGGCUUGCUUGGAUUGGGUUUACGUUAUAAAACUUACCAGAAGAAGUUGGGCCAAGGGGUUCCAAAAAGAGAUUUCUCUGCCAUGAUCUGGCCUUUUAGAUUUGGAUAUGACAAUGAAGGAUGGUCUAAUUUGGAAGGAUCCGCUAAUUUGCUUAAUCAGACAGGAGCAGAUUUUAUCACUAUUAUAGAGAGUGAUGCCUCUAAACCAUUCAUUGGAAACCAUGAUCCAACCAUGUGGCUAGGAGAAAGACUGGGAUUUUACACUGAUUUUGGUCCAAGCACAAGAGAUCACACCUGGGGGAUUAUGGCACUGUCCAGGUAUCCAAUUGUAAAAUCGACCCAUCACCUCCUUCCAUCUCCAGAGGGAGAGAUUGCACCUGCCAUCUCCCUGACUGUCAACUUCACAGGGAAGCUGGUUGAUUUUGUUGUUGCUCACUUCGGAAAUGAAGAAGAGGACUUGGACAGAAAACUCCAAGCAAUCGCUGUUUCAAACCUGUUGAAGACUAGCUCUAAGCAAGUUGUGUUUCUAGGAUACAUCACUUCAGCACCUGGAUCCAGAGACUAUUCUGAAUUAAUAAAAAAUGGAAAUGUGCAGGACAUUGACAGUACAGACCGGGACAGAUGGUGUAGCUACAUUAUGUAUCGUGGAGUCAUAAGGCUGGGUUAUGCCCGCAUAUCUCAUGCUGGUUUAAGUGAUUCAGAAGUCCAGAUGGCCAAAUUUAGAAUCCCAGAUCACGUGGAUAGCUAUGUUGACAAUGACAGAAUUGUCACUGAUCCCAGCCAAGUUCCUGAGGACAUCCAUUUCAACCCCAGGUUUGGAUCUUAUAAAGAUGGACAUAAUUAUGUGCCUAUUCACCACUUUCAUAUGAGCACACCUAAAUAUUUUAAACGGACAAAUUAAAGCAAGAAAAUAAGAUUAUUAUUCAGACCAACAAGAAAGAUUUGUUGCUUGAAACUGAAUUGACAGCCAAAAAGACUACACUGUUUAAGGCUGAGCAACUCCCAUGCUGCACAACACUGUGAAUGUCUAUGUAAUAGCUGGGGACUUGCUUCUUGAAUGAGCUGCCAUCACUGUGAGGGGGGGAAGAUGCACACAUUUUGAUAAACUGGUUGGCCAGAUACCUGCUUUGUAUGCCACAGAGCAAGGGUGGGAACUUGUUUUGGCUACAACUUCUUCAGCUUUUGUGAAGGUAUCAUGUAUCAUGACGUUUCAGAGUUCUAUUGCUGCUACUGCAAUAAAAAGAUUGACCUAGGGCUUUUCAAAAUAGGAAUGGAACUAGUGUACUUUUUAAUUGGGAAUUAUGCAGUAAGUAUGUGUUUGAAGUGUGCACCUUUUUGACUCAAACAGUAUUUACAUCUGCUGCUAUUCUACAUUUUAUUCUUCAAUGAGUUUUACAACAAUUUGCAGAUAAUUGAUGUCCAUAGUGCUGGAGAAAAAGAGGUGACUUUUAUAGACUUCAUUUUAUUAACUGGACAUUAGACACUUCAAUGCCUUUACAAAGGGAAGAGCAGAGUACCUCUGAGUAAUGAUGGUUAUGAGACACCUGCAUGAACACACUGAUGAAGAAUUAAGAACAAUCAUGCUUAACAUAACAAGGUUUCUGAGAAGGGAGAAAAGUUGGUGGUAACUUUUACUUAAAAAUGAACUGUAAUAAAGGGGCGGGGGGAAAGCUUUGUUUCUUUUCUAGCACUACACUUCUGUAGCACUUGAAUAGAGGUGUUGCUUUUUUGACCUAGGCAGUGAAUUCCCUGUCAUGCCAUGCACAUGUGACACAAUGUAAAAUGUUGUGUCUUCUCAGGGUCUCUUGGCAAUGUAUGUUAUAUUUAGCUCCUGAUCCAUCAGUAUAUGUGCAGAGCUUCCCUUUAACAAUGAGGACAUCUUCAAUGCUGUCCAAAGGAUGUUUCCUGCUUGUGAGAAGCAUGUUAGAUAAUUUAAGUGACACAUUCAGUUUGGAAACCACAUUUUUGAUGUUGAGAUUUAAUACUGUGUCUCUUUCCAGUCAUAUCUAAGCAUACCAUAACUAAGAGGAAUAGGAUAUGUUGCAGGAGAGAGGAUGGAUUUUUUCUCUCUCUCUAAUUCUUUACCAUAUACUUUUAAGAAGAGCUUGAGCAUACUCAAUUUGAUUGUUUUUCUAUGUAAGCAAAUACAGGAUGAGUUUUUACCCAUAGUUUCUUGUUCUAUGGAGGCAGGUAAUUGCUGCCAGCACCACACUUGUUGCUCUGUUCUGAUCAUCUAUCAUUUUGCUCCCUUGUUUUUAGAGCUGUGUUUCUGAGAGAGAAACUGGUCACUGGCCUUUGUGGACAGAGGAUAUCUGAAAGCCAUUUAAAAGUCUCAGUGGUUAUGUAUUCAUCAUCUCUGAUGUAACUGACAAUUAACCAGACAUUGUUGAACUAAUUUCUUACCUAUGGGUGCUUUGUGUGUCUUUACAAGCCCUCUGAACUUGCUCUUUGUGUGACUCCCCAGCGAGACAGGAUACGUGAUGUUGUGGAGAGAUAUAAAUUACUUUCUUGCACUUUUAGCAGUUUUCUUCUGCAAAUACCAGUAGCCCUUGUCUCUUCUUUCUCCCAGCUUGCAGAAGCAGCUGGCACUGGCACCAACACUGCACAGUGCUCUGAGUAUCCUCAUUUAUUUUCAGCAUGCUCUCAUGCUAGCUGUGAUGCAUGUCCAGCCACAGGUUUGCCUUUUCAUAGUCUGUAGAACACUUAACAUUAUCUUGCCACAUUAUUUAACAUUCUCCACAGGCUGUCUCUGCAAAUACCUUGUAAUGUGAGCAGAUUAUUAAUGUGAAACACAAGAGACAAUACAUGUAAGUACAAAAAGCUUGAAAACUCCUAAUUUUUUAACAAUUAAAAAAUAGGAUGAGGAUAUUUUUCAAGAAGCCAGACAGCAUAACAUGACUUACAUAACAGAUCAGAUUAUGAAUCAUAUCUGUAUGCAAUCUUCAAAGUCUCUGAGCAUACUUUGAUGGAUUUUUACAGGAUUUAGACAUGCCCACCCUAUUAGGAAGGUUUAUGUUGACAGUGAAAAAAAUCUUCAAUUUGAGUAUUCUUUUCUUCUAAGUAGCUUGUGUAGUUUAAUGUAUGUAAUUAGUAGCUAAUAUUUGUUGACAUUUGCAUUAUUUUAUCAAAAUGAUUAAGAAAAAACAUGACUACAAACAGUUUGUAUACUUCUUCUAUACCUGUGGUUAGAAUUGGAAAGCUAAAACUAAACUUUAUUUGUCCUUACAUCCACACACUGAUCUAAUCCCUUGAUAUUUAAGUGGUUUAGGAAAAUGUGCAUUAUAUAUCUAAGUCACAAUCAUUGUUUCAAACUAUGACAGAAAUGUGCUAGAACAGGUCCUGCUGCAGGGGUGUGUGACUAAUCUUUUAGUUUUCUAAUCACACUUUCUUCAUCUCAGCUUUCAUAAGAAAGUAUGUUAUGAGAGAAGAAGUUUGUGGAUAUCUUUAUGCAUUCAGAGAUGGCAUGUAAAGAAAAUAACGUAUUAAAUAAGCAGUAUUUACUAAAGGUUUGAACUUUUGCUUGUGCUAAAAGGUCUAGAUUACAUAUAUCUGACUUCUAAAUAAUAUGUAUUCUGUGGUACUCCAAAUCCCAUCCUCUGAAAUUCUGUGCAGGUCUGUUGAAGUUUGUAGGAAUGUGCAGGAAGAGGCAGCAGUACAUCAGGGGCCUAUCAGUGUGUACCUUGCAAUCAAAAAGAACUCCAGGUAACAUAUAUCAGAGCAACUUCUGACAGUACUGAGAGCAGACUGGAGACUCCAGUCUCCCUUACAUAUAUUUUCCUGCCUUGACUCAGGCACAGUGACUCUGGUGUUGCUACAGAGCACUCCAGAACCUGGGAGCUGCAGUUCAAACCUCUUGGGCUAAGAAAAACCCGAAACUGUUAUUUCCCAUUUUCAAAAACAGUAUUGCAGCUACAAGCUGAGCAAAAGUUGGACACACCCUUUGGUUUUGAACCAGACUUGAUGUUAUUAAAACAAGUUGUUGCAGAUUAAAUGUACAGGUAACCAGUUCCCACCUGUCUCACUGGAAUAGAGCUCUGAGAGUGUUCAUGGUCCUCUGCUGCUAGUGGGGGAGCUUUGUGGCCCCAGAAAGGGGUGCUGGCUCUUUUGAUGCACUCCCAGGGCUCAGGAAGACAUUCUUAGAUGCUCUCAAGCUUGGCUGCUUAGAGUUGCCUCCUGAUGAAUGAAGAGAAUGUAAAAUUGAAAACUGAAGCUGAAAAAAUCCUAUAACUGGAAUGUAAGAAUUUAGGUAUCAACAGCCCUGCAACAUGAUUUCUCUCGUGUAUGUAAAAUGGCAUUGGUUUGCAGGAUGUUACAGAAGGACCUUUGGGUCAAAGCAAUGUACUUGUGGAGCAAGUGUUAGAGAACAGACCUUGUCACUUCAACAGGGAACACAGUCUGGGUCCAUGGACAAGGAGAUUAAAAUGAGCUGAACUGUUUUAUGAGUAGUGCUUUGAAGCAGUUCAUAUAAUCUGCAGCUCUACUUUCUGCCACUUGAGGUCCUCUUUUGUCCCUAAUUGGUACAGUUUGCUGACACCAAGCAGGAAUAACUCACAGGUGUUAGGUUUUUUCAUUGCAACUCUGAGGGUGAAAAAUCUUUUCAGAAGCAUUACACAAAUAUGAGUUGAUUUGGGUAUCAGUUAACUCUUCAUAUCUGCAAAUGAUUUAGAACUGUUAUUGCUGGGCUUCUUGUAGGCACUUUGUUUAUUUUCUUACAAUACCCUGCACUGUGCUUUGUUACUGCUUUAUCUGCUUUCUUAAUGUUCAGCAAAUUCCUCUUUGUAAUGUUUUUCAUUUCAAUACAAUUCUCUUUCCCCUCUGACUUGUAAAACACAUCACGGCAUGUGAUUCUGGUGCCUAAAAUUAACUUUCAAGCUUGUUUCUAAGCAAAGCAAGAUGAAUUAAAGUAUUCAAGAGAUAAAAUGGCUUUAGCAAUCUGGAGUCUGAUAUCCUUUGGAUACAGAGUUUCCUUUUGGAAAUUCUUUCUCAGACACAUCUGCACUGUUUCUGAUAGUGAAGAAGAUAUAACUAAGUAAAUGGCUCCUCUUUCUCUUGUUAUCCAGUAUUUUUCACAGUCUACAAUUGGUUUUUUUUUUUUUUUUAACGUGGUUGUUAUUUUAGCUAUCAGUUAAAAAAGCAGUGCAAACAUAAAAAAAGCAAACAAUGGCAGUCUUUUUCAGGAAAAAAGAAAAGAAGUCUGCAUUUCCAAGGCUGAUCUAACAGUGUGCAAACUGGCAAAUGCAUUUACUGCCACUCUUCACUUCCAUGGUUUGUUACUCCUCUCCCGUGCAUUGAUGGGAGCACUUGCACAUAUGUGUAGUAAGCCAGAUCUGGAUAUUCAGCUGGCUGGGAAAACAAACAAAUAAAGAAAACUUAAGCAAGUGUUGAAAGGUUUGUUUCGUUAUGGGAUUUUUUGCUUUUUGGGAGCAUUGAGGACAGUCUUGCUCUUUGACCUACCUUGCUA